AUGUCUAAUCGGAUACCUCAGAGUCAUGGCCACGGCCAGGUCAAGCUCGGCCCUAGUGGACCUGGCCUAUUAGCCUUUUUCGGAUGUUUUGGCUUCCUUGCUUGGCGACUUGUUGAGUUGAGGGUAAUGGACAAGAGGAGCGAAGAAUACGGGCGCAGGAAGCAGCUUAUUCGUGAAAGACAUGCCAUUGUGUCUGUGAUGAAUAGUAUUUACUCCCACGGUGUCGGACUGGGUUUUGGAGUUGGUUUAGCUCGUGUGUGCGCUGGCCCCAAAAAUACAAGGGGUUGGGUAAUCAAAGAGGAUUGGGAGAAACAGGAGCGGGAACUAGAGGAGACUGAAGCAUUGUUGAAGGAGCUGCGGAAGUCAAGCAGUUAA